CCCAAUCUGACUAAAAAGUACUCAAACAAGCUUUCUACCAACAUUCAGGCCCCAACCAACCCCCCCACCUCCCUUCCUUUCUCCUGUCUGAAGGAAAGAAAAAUAAAUAUUUGAAGUCUUCUAUCACUACCAUCCUUUGUAUUAAGAAAAGAGAUGGAUGAAGCUCACUUAAACACUUGGCAAGGCUAUGUGGAUUGGAGGAACAGGCCUGCUUUAAAAGGUCGUCAUGGCGGCAUGCUCGCUGCUUCCUUUGUCUUGGUUGUGGAGAUAUUGGAGAACCUAGCAUACCUUGCCAAUGCAAGCAAUCUUGUGCUCUACAUGUCAAAAUUCAUGCAUUUUUCUCCAUCCAGUUCUGCCAACAACGUUACCAAUUUCAUGGGAACAGCCUUUCUCCUUGCUCUCCUUGGUGGCUUUUUGGCAGAUGCAUUCUUCAGUACUUAUCGCAUCUAUUUGACUAGUGCUGCAAUAGAAUUUAUGGGUCUGCUAAUACUGACAAUUCAAGCUCAUGUUGCAUCCUUGAAACCACCACCAUGCAUCUUAGUGAACGCUAAUAGUCCAUGCCAGGAAGUUCAUGGUGCAGAAGCAGUGAUGUUAUUUGCAGGCCUAUAUCUAGUGGCUCUAGGUGUUGGAGGGAUAAAAGGUUCUCUUCCACCACAUGGAGCUGAGCAGUUUGAUGAGACCACCACACAAGGAAGGAAACAGAGGUCAUCAUACUUUAACUACUAUGUGUUCUGCCUCUCUUGUGGAGCUCUAAUUGCAGUUACUUUUGUAGUGUGGAUUGAAGACAAUAAAGGCUGGCAGUGGGGUUUUGGAAUUUCUACUGCAACAAUACUGAUGUCCAUUCCAGUGUUCCUCCUAGGUUCUCCAACUUACAGGACUAAAAUUCCUUCAGGAAGCCCCAUCACAACAAUGUUCAAGGUUCUUGCUGCGUCAAUUUACAACACAUGCAAAUCUAGAAAUUCUAGCAAUGCUGUCAUGAUCACAACCUCAAGCCUAACCUAUAUAACAGAAACAGGUGACAAAGAAGACAGUCAUGGAAAAGAAAAGGUGCCAAGUCAAGAACCAACAGAAAGUCUCGACUUCCUUAACAAAGCAGCAAUCAAACAGAAUGCCCCCCCAAUGCUAGAAUGCACAGUCAAGGAAGUAGAAGAAGUCAAGGUAGUAUUAAGGAUAAUCCCAAUCUUCAUGUCUACCAUAAUGCUAAACUGCUGUCUUGCUCAGCUCUCUACCUUUUCAGUCCAACAAGCUGCUACAAUGAAUACUAAGCUUGGCUCCUCAAAGAUCCCACCAGCUUCUCUCCCUGUCUUCCCUGUUCUCUUUAUCAUGAUCCUUGCUCCGAUCUAUAACCAUGUAAUCAUUCCACUUGCCAGAAAAAUAACCAAAACUGAAAUGGGGAUAACACAUUUACAAAGAAUAGGGACAGGGCUAUUCCUCUCUAUCAUAGCCAUGGCAGUGGCAGCAUUGGUAGAAACAAAGCGAAAAAAGGUGGCAGCCAAACUGGGGCUACUAAAUUCUGCAGAACCUCUACCUAUAACAUUUUUUUGGGUGGCUUUGCAGUACUUGUUCCUUGGAUCAGCUGACCUUUUCACUCUGGCUGGCAUGAUGGAGUUUUUCUUCACUGAGGCACCAUCAAGGAUGAGAUCCUUAGCCACAUCUCUCUCCUGGGCCUCACUGGCUAUGGGAUAUUACCUCAGCUCAGUGCUUGUAUCCAUAAUCAAUCAUGUCACCAGUGCCUAUGGACACACACCAUGGCUCUUUGGCAGCAACUUGAAUCAUUAUCACCUUGAGAGGUUUUACUGGCUGAUGUGUAUAUUAAGUGGAUUAAAUUUCCUGCACUACCUCUUCUGGGCCAAUCGCUACAAGUAUAGAUCAAUGGGACCUGAUAACUGAAGCCAAAAUUUAAUUGCACGAGUCAUUAAAGGUCUAAUUAUCCAGUGAGCUUUAUUUCUUGUGAUCUGGUCUUCCUUCCCAGGUGCAGAGAGAGAACUUAAUUACUUCUAGUAUUAUGAUUCUUGGGGUUUUAUUCUUCAUCCCCAAUGGAAUGUUGUACUAAUAUAAACUAAUAUUAUUAGAGUUGCACAUGUAAUUCUAUUUUGAACAUUCA